GGGGUGGGAGGGGGGACGCCGGCCAGAGUGGCAGCACUCCGGGCCCUUUCCGUUAGCUUCAUCUGCAGCUCACCUGCACGACCCGGGGCCUGGCCGCUCCAGCCUGGCCCUUUGGGGGUGGCGGUGGGGGGACACUGAUCGGGAGGGGGAUGGGCGGGAGUCGUUGGAGGGGGGCGUACGGAGGUUUGGGGUUACCGCAGUGGGUCCACGAGUUCGCGGACGCGGUGUUCGCAGUUUAGAGGAGUCGCUCUGGAAGCCUGGGUCUGACCUCUUGCCUUGAGUGUCAGGCUGGUGCGGAGGAGGAGAUGGGGCGUCCGAGGGGGACACUCAGCUUUCUUGCCCCACUCUACUUCUGACCUGUUGAUAAACGGUCCGGGUGGGUUCAAGAACACCAGGCUUGGCUCCAAGCGGAGAUUCCCGCUGCUCUUCCUAAAUCGGGAACUCCACUCCCACGCCUGUUCUAAACCCGCAGGUGUGGGAAUGAAGCGGGGCGCUGGCAGUGUCAGGGAGCGACUGGGGAGUCUUGGAACAGCCGCCAGUGCAGUCACUGCCGACCCCGACCCCAAAACCUAAUCCUAAACCGAGCCUGCCAUGCACAUGCAGCAUCUAGCCUAGCCCCGGAGCUUCCACUCCAGAUCAAAUUGGACGGUCUCUCUUAAACCCCUCUUACGCUGGAAUUCCACAGGAGCUAGGGUGUGCUGGGUGGACAACGAAGGGGCGGAGGAAGGAGGUGUCCAAGUCAGCACCAGCCCUCUAGGGUCAUUUUCUGCCUCUCCUGCCACGUCACUCCUCUGCUAAGGGAAAAAAAAAAACUUGCUUGUGCCUAAAGGCUAAAGGUGGAUCAAUGAGGGGGAGCUAGGGCUGCUGGGAAGAGUUAGAAACACCUAGACUAGGAAGCGAAAUCUUACUUGUGUCUUUUGUAUCUUGUGAACGCUGCUAAUCCAAAAGGAAACAUUGUGGCUAUUUGUAUCUGCUAUUGGUUAGUGCUUAAAACUUCUAGUUGUUGCCGCUCAGGGGCUAUCACAUCACACCAACAGGUGAUCAUGAAUCAGGCAGAUAAAAAUCAAGAAAUUCCAUCUUAUCUUAGUGAUGAACCCCCAGAAGGGUCAAUGAAAGAUCACCCGCAGCAGCAGCCAGGCAUGUUGUCUCGUGUAACUGGAGGUAUCUUCAGUGUUACAAAGGGAGCUGUUGGUGCCACUAUUGGUGGUGUGGCUUGGAUUGGUGGAAAGAGUCUGGAAGUGACCAAAACAGCUGUUACAACUGUGCCUUCCAUGGGAAUAGGGCUGGUGAAAGGAGGCGUGUCUGCUGUGGCUGGAGGUGUGACAGCUGUUGGGUCUGCUGUUGUAAACAAAGUGCCCUUAUCAGGAAAAAAGAAAGACAAGUCUGACUGAGAGAGGAGUACACUUGCUCUCCACAGCAUAAGAUGCUAGGGGCAUUGAACAGCUCAGUUACAGACUACAAACAAGUCAACUGCUAAACUGCUGUGUUGAAAGUAUUGGUGACUGCCUGCAUCUAAAACAAGAAGAGACCAGUGCUAUCACAGUGUAUGAAGGCUUCUCAUCCUUAAGUUCAGCUUUUUAUCUGGUAAAAUGUUACACUUGCUCAGUUGUAACUGAAGAUGUGGUAUGUUUAAAUAUUUGCUCUAAGUCUUUCAGUUUGACUAAAAAAUGUGAAAGUUCAACUUAGAAGAUGAUUUUACAGUUCCAUGUGUACAGUGUGCCAGGUAACUCAUAUGACCCUUACACAGGGACUCGAACUACAUAAACUGUACCUUUGAUGUGCCUAAUAGUUUCAGAUGUCUUAGUUUUUUAUAACUAUAGUGGUUUAGGCCAAGAGGCAUUCUUAUUUAAGCUGGCAGAAAAGUAGCAGGAAUUCAAAAGUUUAGAAGACAAAUGGUUUUAUGACACUGUUAAUUAUUUUUUUGUUUAGAUAAACAUUCUGUUUGUUUAAUCAUUGAUGCCUUACAAAAGAAAACAUCUUUUCUAAUAAUCUUAAAUAUGCGCAGUUCUUAUAAUUAUCAGUGAGCUCUUUUAAAGGUCAUAAAACUAGUUUCCCUCUUAAAAAUCUCAGGAGUAUUGAGGUAAAGGAGUUUCCUGGUGUCAGAGGGUAAGAUAGUGCUUGUUAGCUGUUGUGAGAAGUUACCAUGAAACAUGCUUUAGUAGUUGGAUUCAUGGUCCCAUCAUUAAUACACCCCACAGUAUCUAUGGAACAUUUCUUAGCUCAUCAAAAGCUCUGUGGGAUGUUUCAUAUUGAGAAGGAAUAAAUAUUAAUUUUAAGUUCUUAUAAUUAUCUGAAGAACCUAAGAUAAUCCUUCAUGCUUAUAAUUUCUUUAGGAUGUCUUAAAUUAUUAGUAGUAAUUCCUUUAAAAAUACAAUAAAAUCAAUCAUUAAUAUAUGAGGAUUGACUCUUCAAAUGAAUGAGAUGGACUCCAUACAUUGGCUUUGAAUAAAAAAAAAUACAUAAGUGUUUUCAAUGAUGUAUUUAGGGUUUUUUUUUUUUCUUUUGAGAUGGGGUCUUCUAAAGCCCAGGCUGGUCUUGAACUGAAUAUGUAGCUGAGGAUAUUCUUGAGCUUCAGAUUCUCCUUUUACCUCCCAAGUGCUGGGAUUACAGGCAUGAGAUACCAUGCUUAGUUUAUGUGAUGUUGGGGAUGGAACCCAGGGCUGCAUGUAUAGUAGGCAAGUACUGUAUCAACUGAGCUGCAUCCACAGUGAAAUUUAUUCAUGGAUUUAAAACAUGUUCUCUUAUAACCUUUUGAAGCAGCUGUAGACAUAUCAUUUCUCAAGCCAGUUUCAGGUGGGGAGUUGAAGGUUUUUUUAUAUGGAUGGUAAGUAUGUUGUGUCUUAUAGUGUGUUUAGCAUAGCACAUUCAUUCUCACUCAAAAGUUAAUUUCUUUUUGUCUUAAUGCUUAGUUUCAUGGAAAUUUAUAAGUGACAUACAUUUGGCAUUUAUCUUACAAUCUAAGCCUGAAAAAAAUUUUUCUUUAUACCUAAAACUAGAAGUCUGUCUCCAUUCUGCCCCUUCUAACUCCCUGGAGAGAGGAAGGGAGUGGUGCCUUGGCGUAAGUCAAAAUGUAGUGCUCCUGAGAACAGGAGAAGAUCACCUGAAUAUGUAGGUUCAAAUGUUUGGAACUUUAUGUUUAUACAAAACUUAAAAUCAUUGAAUUAAAUUUAGAAGGAAUUAAAUGGUCAUUUAUUUUGUGCAAUAUCAUUUAAAAGACAUUUGUUGGUACAUCUGGUGAAAUGUCUUAACAAAUAGUAUUUUUAAAAUUCCAAAGUUAAUAGACCCAUUCUCAGUGAUCUAAAUAAUGGUAUUGGAGAACUUGAUUCCUGCUAUUUAGAAGAAUUUAUUGAUUCAUUGCUGGUUUGUAUUUCUAACUUAGAGGCUCUGCUAAGCUUUGUACUUGAAUUAGUCUAAGUGUAGGCUUAGUAUACUAUAUGCUUGCAUAUUUAUUUUCAACUUUGCUUGUCUUUAAAAUCACUUGAGGAAAAAUGGCUAAUUAAUUUCUGCUACAGAAAAGCCAACUGGUAAAUUUUCUCAACUGUCUUAAAUGCUAAAGUACAAUGUGGUUCAGAGGGGCUUUUACGAUAGCAGACAACUGUACAAAUAUACAGGUAGCUAUAGUUCUAACUGAAAUGAACUUGCCAUUUGAUGAUGUGUACAGCUAUAUACCCGAGUCUCUUCUAGUUUACGUAGACUAGCAAUUUGACCUGUUAAACAGGACUAGUUUGCUUUGUUGUAUACAUCUGGAGGUAUCUGUUAUUCAGCUCCUUUUUUUUGAGUGGGUUUUGGCACAGUGAAGAUAAAUUUGUGUGACCCACUUGAAUGACUGAUCUAAUAAUGUUGACAUGAAAAUUGUAUUUAGUGAAAUGUCAGAUGAAAAUACCUGAUUGAAUAAUGUGGGGAUUUUUGUACUCAAGGGAUGGGAAAGAACACCUGAUUCUGAUAAUAAAGGACUAUGAUCUGCAAA